AUGGCGUCAUUUAAACAACUGAAAUUAUUUGUUGAUAAAGAACUUGAUCAAUGUUUACAGAAUGUUGUUCGUCCAUUUACUGAACAUGUUUAUUUUCCUGAAACACUCAUAGAUCCACUUGAAAUAGAGAAACAUCAUCAUGAAGUUCAAUUACAGAAUUUAUCGAUUUCUGAUACACUUGCUUGUGCUACUUGUCAAACUCAAUUUGCUGAUCGAUCAGAACAGACAUUACAUUUUAAAUCUGAUUGGCAUCGAUUUAAUCUUAAACGAAAACUUCGCAAUCAACUUCCACUUUCAUCGGAGAAAUUUGAAGAUAUGGAGAAAGAUAUAUCAAGUAUAUCAGGAAGUGAUUCAUCAGAUGAUGAUUUAAGUGAUAAUGAAGGUUCAUCUAUAGAUGGGUCUUAUAAUGCAUGUGCUAGAAAUAAUCCAAAAAUUAUUUUAACAUUGAAUGAUGGUCGACAUUUAUCAUUCUAUAGAUGUCUUUUACAUGGAAAAAGGAAUAUUCCUCAGGAAUCUCAGGAAUUAAUUUUAACUGCUCAACGACUUCCAUUAUGUAUUCAUUGGGGUAUUGUUAUGGCUGCUGGUGGUCAUUUUGCAAUAGCAUUAUUUGAACGAGAUAAAAUUAUUCAACAUAAAACAUUUCAUAAAUAUAUCAUUCGUGCUAAACAAGGUUCAGCACAAACAGCACAUGAUCAAAAAUCUGGUGGUAAAGCUAAAUCAGCAGGUGCAAAUCUUCGUCGACAAAAUAUGCUUCAUUUAAAACAAAAAAUUCAAGAACUUUUUAUUUCAUUGAAAAGUGAAAUUCAACGAUGUUCAUUAUUAUUUGUUCGAGCACCAAGUUUUAAUCAACAAUUAUUAUUUGGUGAGAAAAAUUCACCAUUAACAGCAAGUGAUUCAAGAAUUCGUUCAAUUCCAUUUGCCACACUUCGACCAACAUUUAAUGAAAUCAAACGUGUGUAUGAUCAAUUAUCUAAAAUGGAACUUUAUCCUCAAGAUUAUCAAUUUCAAAAAAUUGAACAAGAAAAAACAUCUACAAUAAAAACUAAACAACCAACUGCAACAAGAAAAACAGCUGUUGAUUCAUCAACGGAUUCAGAAGAUAAAUCAGAUGAUGAAACGGAACAACAAUCAUCAUCGAAACAAACAGUAAAAAAACAACCAAUCAUACCUAUUUCAACCACCGAUCGAAAAAUAUUACCUGUAGAAGAUUUAACAACAUUUAAUGAAUUAUUUACUGCAUGUCGUCUUAAUGAUAUUCAACGAUUCGAUGAUCUUAUUUCUCGAUUACGUGCUUUAAAAACUAUUAAUAAAUCUCCAUCAAUUGCAGAUAUACUUAAUUAUCAAACAGCAGGAAGUUUUGAUACACUUUUGCAUAUAACUAGUGAACGUGGACAUUUAAAAUUAAUUCAACGUUUAUUAAAUGAAGGUGCUAAUCCAGCAUUAUCAAAUCAACGAGGAAAAUAUCCAUAUAAUUUAAGUAAAAAUAAAGAAGCAAAAGAAGUUUUUCGUUUAUUUCGAAAUGAUUAUCCAGAUAAAUAUGAUUAUAAUCUUGGGCAAGUUGCACCAAGUAUAACUAUGGAUGAAUUAGAACGACAACAUGCUAUUGAACGUGAACGUCGUCGUCAAACGAAAAAAAGACGAACUGAUAAACAACGUAGUGAUCAAGAAAGACAAUUACGUGAACAAGAAGAAGAACAACAACGAAUUCAUUUUCUUGCAUUAUCCGAAAAAGAAAAACGUACAUUAGCUGUACAAGUUAAUUUUGAAACAAACAAACGUGAUGAAUUACAUUUAGGACGUUGUUGGCAAUGUGCAAAAAAGAUUUCUGAUGAACCAUUUACAUAUUUUGAUUAUAAAUUUUGUUCAACAGCUUGUUUAAAAGCACAUAGGACUAAAUCGAAAACAACUGUUUAA